CCUACCGCCGAAGCAUUGUCUACCAUGGCUACACGCAUCCUCGUCCAGUGCCAUUCCCAAGACAUUCCGGGCGACCCGAAAGAACGACGUACGACAAUGGCGAACAUAAUCUGCAAACAUGUCUGGCACAGACCGUUUGACGAAGCUCAGGAUCGUCUCCAGUCCUUAGGCCAGUAUCGUAUUGAGAUGCCUCUCAAUCCUAAAGUGACCCAUUACCUCCGACACUUCCCCUUCAACGGUGCGCGGACCUCAUCAGGUUACACCGACGAGGAGUUCAAGAAUACGUUCGGAGAGGAGAAAUACCAAGCCAUGCUCGUUCAAAGAAUUAGACAACGACUGAGAUGGGGAGAAGACCUGCUAGCGCAGGAGAAGGCUUACCUCCAAGACCAUCCUGAACUUGCGACGCAGCUUUGAAGGUGUUUAGAAAUCGAAGAUGAUGAUUGCAGGGGUUAACGGAUAAUAGGCUACGUUUUGUGUCGCAGCCGCAAAGCCUUCAAUCCUGCGCCAUGGCAACCCUGGCAACCUCGGCGUUCUCCUUGUUGCGGAACGAGCCCACCAGCGUA